AUGCAUCGUGAUGUCAUUGGUGAGAAACUGAAAGAGGAGAAAGAGAACACAGAGAAUAAGUUAAAGAACAUUUUAUAUCGCAUGGUUCCACAUGACUUCAGAGAGAUCUUCGGCGACAACUUGUUCAGAACAGUUCAAUUUGAGAAUUUGUUAGUAUUAGGCAUCAAAGCAAUGAACAUCACAUUUGGUGAAGACGACGAUGACGAAAAACUUCAAGCAACACUUAACAAGAUGGAUAUAUACAACAACUCAAUUAUCCAAGCAUCUAAGAUCAGUGAUGACUGUGCAAUUGCUAAGAAACACAACAUGACAACAUUUGUUAUCUUCAAUUUCAAAUCACAGAAGCGCUCAAUGACACAACCAUUAGAACAAGCUAUCGAAGUUGUUAAGCAAGCAUACAAAGAAUGUCAACAGAAUGGAAUCACAUUGUCAGCAUCAGUUACAUACUCCAAACAAUGUUUGAUUGGUAUUCCAUCAGUCAACAAAGCAAGUUUCAACAUUUUCUUCCCAGAAUUACAAACUAUGAUGCACUCAUUAGAUUUAUCGAAUGAAGACGAAUUGCACUGCUUCGGACUCGAUCGUGAUAUCCCACACAAUCUUCGUGAGAAAGUCAGGAAAGGUGAUGAUUGCUCAUUACUUCUCAUCAAAGAUUUUGCUUAA